AGUAGCCAACUCCUUAACUCCAAGGGUCCUUCCGAGGCAGGAAGAGAUCGCAUUGCGCAUGCUCUUUCUUUUCCAGCUUUCGUCCUGAGAGUGCCGCCACGAUGUUGAUGCCUAAAAAAAAUCGCAUUGCAAUCUAUGAACUCCUUUUUAAGGAGGGUGUAAUGGUAGCCAAGAAGGAUGUCCACAUGCCUAAGCAUCCAGAACUUGCAGACAAAAAUGUGCCCAACCUCCAUGUCAUGAAAGCAAUGCAGUCCCUGAAAUCUCGUGGCUAUGUGAAGGAACAGUUUGCCUGGAGGCAUUUUUAUUGGUAUUUGACCAAUGAGGGCAUCCAGUACCUGCGGGAUUAUCUCCACCUUCCACCUGAAAUUGUGCCUGCCACUUUGCGCCGUAGCCGUCCUGAAACAGGCAGGCCCAGGCCCAAAGGUUUAGAGGGUGAACGUCCUGCUCGUCUUACACGAGGAGAAGCUGAUAGGGAUACCUAUAGAAGAAGCGCAGCUCCUCCUGGUGCAGACAAAAAGGCAGAAGCUGGUGCCGGGUCAGCUACUGAAUUUCAAUUUAGAGGUGGAUUUGGACGUGGUCGUGGCCAGCCCCCUCAGUAGAAAACUGUUGCUGUUAUUUGCAUCUUGUGUAUAAUAAAAAGGUGAAAAAAAAAAUCACUGUAUACUUGAAUCAUUUCAUGAACAUGCUGAAAUGGUGAUGCGUUUGUAAGCUGCAAGGGUUUUCAUAUGUGGAAGUUAUAUCCCAAAAGUGGAUUUACAGGGAAUCUUGGCUGUUUUAAAGGUACAUUCCAAAUUUUCAUGGGUUCAAAGAUCUCCAAUUUGAUUGAAGACUUUGUAGGAGCCACUAUUUCUCGAUCUUCCUAACCUAGCCAUAUAGCACCAGUCUCAUGUCCUGAUAUUGUUAUUCUCUUUGUUGAAAUAUAUGGUGUACAAAUUAACAAA